AUGUCAGACUACCGGUACGCGACCCAGUCGGAUGCCUAUGCCGCCGACCACGGCCAUGUCCUGCGUAACGGCGGCGUCGAUACAGAGACCAAACUGGCAAACACCUACUCUGGAGAGGAUGCCACCCGCCAUGACCCCGACAACCUCCUCGCCGCCAUGGGCUACAAGUCCGAAUUGGUGCGCUCAAGAUCUACCCUCCAGGUCGCCUUCAUGUCCUUCGUCCUCGCUUCCGUCCCAUAUGGUCUGGCAACAACCCUCUACUACCCGAUUGUAGGAGGGGGUCCUACCUGCAUCAUUUGGGGUUGGCUAGCUGUGUCGCUCAUCAUCCUCUGCGUUGCCGCGUCCCUUGGCGAAAUUACGAGCGUCUACCCAACCAGCGGUGGUGUCUACUACCAGACCUUUAUGAUUACACCGCCCGCUUAUCGGAAGAUCGCCUCGUGGAUCUGUGGUUGGUGUUUUGUAGUUGGCAACAUUACCAUUACUCUGUCCGUCAACUUUGCUACCGCCCUCUUCCUUGUCGCCUGCGUCAAUGUCUACGAAAGCGCUCCCGGUGUGGGCAUCAUUGAGGGGUCAGCUUACCAGGUCUUCCUUAUCUUCCUUGGCAUCACACUCCUAUGCAACGCAAUCUCUGCCUUUGGAAACAAGUACCUCCCGUGGCUUGAUACAUUUGCUAUUUUCUGGACCUUUGCUGGUGUGCUUGCCAUAAUCAUAUGCAUCCUUGCCAUUGCGAAAAACGGCCGCCGAAGCGCCGAAUACGUCUUCACUGAAUUUGACCCCUCAAACUCUGGCUGGGUUCCCGGAUGGUCCUUCAUGGUUGGUCUCUUACACGCAGCCUACGCGACUUCUUCGACCGGAAUGAUCAUUUCUAUGUGCGAAGAAGUACGUGAGCCAGCCACUCAAGUGCCCAAGGCCAUGGUAGCUACCGUUGCCUUGAACACUGUCGGCGGUCUACUUUUCCUGAUUCCUCUGGUCUUCGUCUUGCCCGACCAAGCCAUGCUCGCAGCUCUUGCCUCAGGACAACCCGUACCCGUCAUCCUCCGCGAUGCCGUAGGAUCGUCCGGUGGAGCCAUGGGUCUACUCGUCCCUCUACUAGUUCUCGGUCUGCUCUGCGGUAUUGGUUGCACAACUGCCGCAUCCCGCGCUACCUGGGCCUUUUCCCGUGAUGGCGCCAUCCCCGGUUACAAGCUAUGGAAGAAGGUCAACCCCAAGCUCGAUGUCCCGCUCAACGCUAUGAUGCUUAGCAUGGCUGUCCAGCUUAUCCUUGGUCUCAUAUACUUUGGUGCUGCUGCUGCUUUCAACGCCUUCUCUGGUGUUGGUGUUAUUUGCUUGACGCUCAGUUACGCUGCUCCCAUCUUUGUCUCGCUUUUCACGGGUCGCAAGCAGGUCAAGGAAGGCGAGUUCCAUCUCGGACCCCUCGGCACUUUCUGCAACGUCGUUGCUCUUGCCUGGUCUGCCCUUGCAACCCCCCUCUUCUGCAUGCCCACAUUCAAGGCCGUCACUUCCGCAACCAUGAACUACGCUGCUGUUGUACUUGCCGCCGUCGUCCUCAUCUCGACCAUCUGGUACUUUGUCUGGGGAAAGAAGAACUACGAGGGCCCGCCCACGCACGAGGAUGCUGUCCUCGAAGCCAGGAGGGCUAGCGUUGCGAGUCGUUAA